AUGGCGAAGGAGAACGCGGCCUUCUCCACCAUCCCUGAGACCCCGGUUUCCGAAUCCAAGGCCCCGCUCCCUGUCGGCCAGGUCAAACCAGCCGCUCUGCGCCGUCUCGGCGAGGAGCCGGAGAAGGCUGAGAAGAAACGAGGGCGGCAACGGUACGUGGAGAAGGAUGGCAAGUGCAACGUCCAACAUGGCAAUGUGCGGGAGACUUACCGCUACCUCACCGACAUCUUCACCACGCUGGUGGACCUGAAGUGGCGCUUCAGCCUGCUGGUGUUCAUCUUGGCCUACGCCAUCACCUGGCUUUUCUUUGGCCUCAUUUGGUGGUUCAUUGCUUACUGCCGCGGCGACCUCGACCACCUGGGGGACGAUGCCUGGACACCUUGUGUCAACAACCUCAAUGGAUUUGUCUCGGCCUUCCUCUUCUCCAUCGAAACGGAGACGACCAUUGGUUACGGCCACCGGGUCAUCACGGACAAGUGCCCCGAGGGGAUCAUCUUGCUCUUGCUGCAAGCCAUCCUGGGCUCCAUGGUCAACGCCUUCAUGGUGGGCUGCAUGUUUGUCAAGAUCUCCCAGCCCAACAAGCGAGCAGAGACACUGGUCUUCUCCUCCCACGCGGUGAUCUCGCUGAGGGAUGACUGCCUGUGCCUCAUGUUCCGGGUGGGGGACCUACGCAACUCCCACAUUGUGGAGGCCUCAAUCCGGGCCAAGCUGAUCAAGUCCAAGCAGACGCAUGAGGGGGAGUUCAUCCCCCUCAACCAGACGGACAUCAACGUGGGCUUUGAGACCGGGGAUGACCGCCUCUUCUUGGUGUCACCCCUCAUCAUCAGCCAUGAGAUCAACGAGCACAGCCCCUUCUGGGAGGUCUCCAAAGACCAGCUGCGAAAGGAUGAGUUUGAGAUUGUCGUCAUCUUAGAAGGGAUGGUGGAGGCCACAGGGAUGACGUGCCAAGCGCGGAGCUCCUACCUUGUGGACGAGGUCCUCUGGGGCCACCGCUUCAUGUCUGUCCUCACCCUCGAGGACGGCUUCUAUGAGGUAGAUUACAACAGCUUCCAUCAGACCUUUGAGGUCCCCACGCCCAGCUGCAGUGCCCGGGAACUGUCGGAGGCUGCAGCCCGCAUGGACGCCCACCUGUACUGGUCUAUCCCGAGCCGGCUGGAUGAAAAAGUGGAGGAAGGGACAGAGAAAGGGGGGGAGGAAGGGGCCAAGGAGAAGAACGGCAACCUCACCAGUACGGAGAGCGAGUCCAAGGUUUAA